CGCUUCAUCCCCGGCCGCGUGGAGUUCUUUUCCAGUCAGCAGACCCCCAACGCCGGGCCGGGCCAGCCCCCGCCUCCCGUGCCCGUCGUCGCGCUGCCGGGGGUGGAUGACUCCUACCCUCCGCAGAAAAAAUCCUUCAUGAUGAUCAAGUAUAUGCACGACCAUUACCUGGACAAGUACGAGUGGUUCAUGCGCGCCGACGACGAUGUCUACAUCAAAGGUGAUAAGUUAGAAGAGUUCCUUAGGUCCCUGAACAGCAGCGAGCCUCUGUACCUGGGGCAGACCGGCCUGGGAAACAUUGAGGAACUGGGGAAACUGGGACUGGAACCCGGAGAGAACUUCUGCAUGGGGGGACCCGGCAUGAUCUUCAGUCGAGAGGUUCUCAGGAGGAUGGUGCCGCAUAUCGGCGAAUGCCUCCGAGAGAUGUACACGGCUCACGAGGACGUGGAGGUGGGACGCUGCGUUCGCCGUUUUGGUGGGACUCAGUGCGUCUGGUCUUACGAGAUGCAACAACUGUUUCAUGAAAACUACGAACAUAGCCGGAAGGGUUACAUCCAAGACCUUCACAACAGCAAGAUCCACGCAGCCAUAACACUGCAUCCUAACAAAAGGCCCGCAUACCAAUACAGGCUGCAUAAUUACAUGCUCAGUCGCAAAAUCUCUGAACUUCGCUACCGCACCAUCCAGCUCCACAGGGAAAGCGCUCUGAUGAGCAGGCUCAGUAACAGUGAAGUGAGUAAAGAGGACCAGCAGCUUGGGGCAGUGCCGUCUUUCAAUCAUUUCCAGCCCCGGGAGAGAAACGACGUGAUAGAAUGGGAGUUCAUGACAGGGAAGCUCCUGUACUCAGCCGCUGAGAACCAGCCUCCUCGACAGAGUGUCAGCAGCGUUCUCAGGACAGCACUGGAUGACAUUGUCCUGCAGGUGAUGGAGAUGAUCAAUGAGAAUGCCAAGAGUCGAGGAAGGCUCAUUGACUUCAAGGAAAUCCAAUAUGGCUAUCGCAGGGUGGAUCCCCUGUAUGGGGUGGAGUACAUUUUGGAUUUACUACUCCUAUACAAGAGGCACAAAGGAAGGAAACUGACCGUGCCUGUGAGACGUCACGCCUAUCUGCAGCAGUUGUUCAGCAAGCCUUUCUUCAGAGAAAUGGAAGAGCUUGAUGUCAGCAGUCUUGUGGAGAGUAUUAACGGGGAUGCUCAGUCAUUCUCCUUUGUAUCCAAUUCCUUAAAGAUACUAUCUUCUCUUCAAGCGUCCAGAGAAAUGGGAGGACUUAAUGAAAAGAAAAUACAUAUUCUUGUCCCCCUCAUUGGAAGGUAUGACAUCUUCUUGAGAUUUAUGGAGAACUUUGAAAACACAUGUCUUAUCCCAAAGCAGAAUGUAAAGUUGGUCAUCAUUCUUUUCAGCAGGGAUUCUGGCCAAGAUUCAAACAAACACACUGAGCUGAUAAAAGAAUAUCAAAACAAAUACCCUACUGCAGAAAUGAACCUGAUUCCUAUGAAAGGCGAGUUUUCCAGAGGUCUUGGUCUUGAAAUGGCUUCUUCUCAAUUUGACAAUGAUACUUUGCUGCUAUUUUGUGAUGUUGACUUGAUCUUUAGAGGAGAUUUUCUCCAACGAUGUAGAGAUAAUACAUUUCAGGGACAACAAGUGUACUAUCCCAUCAUCUUUAGCCAGUAUGACCCAAAGGUAACCAAUGGGGGAAAUCUUCCCACUGAUGAUGACUUUGUGUUCUCAAAGAAGACUGGAUUUUGGAGAGACUAUGGCUAUGGAAUCACUUGUAUUUACAAGAGUGAUCUUCUGAGUGCAGGUGGAUUCGAUACCUCAAUACAAGGCUGGGGACUGGAAGACGUAGAUCUGUACAAUAAAGUUAUUCGAUCUGGCUUAAGGCCUUUCAGAAGUCAAGAAGUAGGAGUGGUGCAUAUUUUCCAUCCAGUUCAUUGUGAUCCGAACUUGGACCCUAAGCAAUACAAAAUGUGCUUAGGAUCUAAAGCAAGUACUUUUGCUUCAACCAUGCAACUGGCUGAACUCUGGUUAGAAAAACAUUUGGGUGUCAGGUACAAUCGAACUCUCUCCUGACAGUCAAGGCAACAAGUAUUGCCUUUUUCAAGGGGAGUUUACCUCAUUGUUUAUUGUUAUUUUUAUUUUGUUAUUGUUAUUAUUAUUGUUAUAAUUUUAUUUUGUUGUCACGGUCUUAAACUACUCGGCUGUCUUCCAAAGGGUGUUUUUUGAACUCAAGUAAGAAGAGUCUGCCGUUCACUGAUGUUUCAGAGUUCUACUGAAGUCAAUAUGUAUAUUACUUCUACAUAUCUUUAUUUGAGAUUGAGUUAAAUCAUGGCAAUCAAGUGACUUCUGAAGCUCAUUCAUCACAAGAGACAGCUUAGAAGAAUGUUCUCUUAGGGCUUAAAGAUGCAAUAUUGACUUUUGUUUUGUUUGUCAAAUUCAAUGUGAUACAAAUAUUUACUGGUGAAAGGUACCACAAAAGUGCUUUAUGCUUCCUAUGGGGAAGGGACUCUGUAAUAUAAACUUGAGUUUUGUAAUUUAUACAAGGACUUAAAUAUAUAGUAAUUUUCUUCAUCUUUAGAAUUUUUAAAGUAAAUGAACACCUAUGAUUGUAUGUUUAUUUUUUAAAGAAAAAAGUUUUAAAAAUUGAGGAGUUUUGUUCCACAAGCAACCGGUACUGGCUACCCUGGUCUUACAACAUUACGAACUCCCUCGACCUGCUAUAAAUGCGAAUGAACUUUAUUUUCUCAAGGAAAUAUGAUUUAAUUAAAUAUUCGUGUACAUUUUAGAAGCUUUAUGAAACAAUGUCCUUCAUUUGCUGGCAAGAAGAUAAAAUAUGACAGAACCUGUUUAUUUAUAAUAAAACACAGGUAUAGCAGUAUUCUUUGUCAAAAGCACUGAAAAAGUUUUGCCAUUCUCUUUUUGUUCUAUUUGAUGUAUUUCUUAAGGCUAUCCAUAUUUACUGAAACAUGUUUGUUGCAUGGGCUGAAAAUGAUAAGAAGAGAUUACGAGUAUGUUCUCUGUAUGCCUUUUCUCCAGAGCCUUCAUAAGUCAUUAACAUGCAGUCCCUUUAUUCAAUCAUCAACAAGCUGAAGGUAACAUUCUUCCUUGGUCUCCUCAGUGCCAAGAUCAAGUGGACCCAAGACGAGUCCAGAAACUAGCUUUGAUAUGGUAGGAGUUAUCCG